AUGCGGGGCCCGCUGGGCACCGAGGAGGAGCUGCCGCGGCUGUUCGCGGACGAGAUGGAGAACGAGGACGAGAUGUCAGAAGAAGAAGAUGGUGGCCUUGAAGGCUUCGAUGACUUUUUCCCCGAGGAGCCCGUGAGCCUUCCCAAGAAGAAGAAGUCCAAGAAGCUCAAGGAGAACAGGUGCAAAGGGAAGAGGAAGAAGAAAGAGGGGAGCAAUGAUGAGCUGCCGGAAGAUGAAGAGGAUCUGGAAGAGAAGUCAGACAGUGAGGGCAGUGACUACUCCCCAAAUAAAAAGAAGAAGAAAAAACUCAAGGACAAGAAGGAGAAAAAAGCCAAGCGAAAAAAGAAAGAUGACGACGAGGACGACAACGAUGACGGAUGCCUCAAGGAACCCAAGUCCUCGGGGCAGCUCAUGGCCGAGUGGGGCCUGGACGACGUGGAUUACCUGUUCUCGGAGGCCGACUAUCACACGCUGACCAACUACAAGGCCUUCAGCCAGUUCCUCAGGCCACUCAUCGCCAAGAAGAACCCGAAGAUCCCCAUGUCCAAAAUGAUGACCGUCCUGGGCGCCAAGUGGCGGGAGUUCAGCGCCAACAACCCCUUUAAGGGCAGCUCGGCGGCGGCAGCCGCAGCGGCAGUGGCCGCAGCCGUGGAGACAGUCACCAUCGCACCUCCGCUGGCCAUCAGCCCCCAGCAGGCACCCCAGCCUGUGCCUGUCCGCAAGGCCAAGACCAAGGAGGGCAAGGGGCCUGGAGUGAGGAAGAAGAUCAAAGGCUCCAAGGAUGUGAAGAAAAAGGGCAAAGGGAGAAAGGUGGCCGGGCUCAAGUUCCGCUUCGGAGGGGUUGGCAGCAAGAGGAAGAAAGGCUCCUCGAGCGAGGAGGAGGAGCGGGAGGAGUCGGACUUCGACAGCGCCAGCAUCCACAGCUCCUCCGUGCGCUCUGAGUGUUCUGCCCUGCUGGGGAGGAAGAGCAAGAGGAGGCGCCAGAAGAAGAGAAUUGAUGACGGUGACGGCUAUGAGACGGACCACCAGGACUACUGUGAGGUGUGCCAGCAGGGUGGGGAGAUCAUCCUGUGCGACACCUGCCCGAGGGCCUACCACCUCGUCUGCCUGGACCCAGAGCUGGAGAAAGCUCCCGAGGGCAAGUGGAGCUGUCCCCACUGCGAGAAGGAGGGGAUCCAGUGGGAGCCGAAGGACGACGACGACGACGAGGAGGAGGGCGGCUGCGAGGAGGAGGAGGACGACCACAUGGAGUUCUGCCGCGUGUGCAAGGACGGCGGCGAGCUGCUCUGCUGCGACGCCUGCCCCUCCUCCUACCACCUGCACUGCCUCAACCCGCCGCUGCCCGAGAUCCCAAACGGUGAAUGGCUCUGCCCGCGCUGUACUUGUCCCCCACUGAAGGGCAAAGUCCAACGGAUCCUGCAUUGGAGGUGGACAGAGCCCCCAGCCCCCUUCAUGGUGGGACUGCCGGGGUCCGACGUAGAGCCUGGCGUUCCACCACCCAAGCCCCUAGAGGGCAUCCCGGAGAGAGAGUUCUUUGUCAAGUGGGCUGGGCUCUCCUACUGGCACUGCUCCUGGGUGAAGGAGCUACAGCUGGAGCUCUACCACACGGUGAUGUAUCGCAACUACCAAAGAAAGAACGACAUGGAUGAGCCACCGCCCUUUGACUACGGCUCUGGCGAUGAGGAUGGCAAGAGCGAGAAGAGGAAGAACAAGGACCCCCUCUACGCCAAGAUGGAGGAGCGCUUCUACCGCUACGGCAUCAAGCCCGAGUGGAUGGUGAUCCACCGCAUCCUGAACCACAGCUUCGACAAAAAGGGGGAUGUGCAUUACCUGAUCAAGUGGAAAGACCUGCCCUACGACCAGUGCACCUGGGAGAUUGACGACAUUGACAUCCCCUACUACGACAACCUGAAGCAGGCCUACUGGGGCCACAGGGAGCUGAUGCUGGGGGAGGACGCCAGGCUGCCCAAGAGGCUGGUCAAGAAGGGCAAGAAGCUGAAGGACGACAAACAGGAGAAGCCCCCGGACACGCCCAUUGUGGAUCCCACGGUCAAGUUUGACAAGCAGCCGUGGUACAUCGACUCCACGGGCGGCACACUGCACCCGUACCAGCUGGAGGGCCUUAACUGGCUGCGCUUUUCCUGGGCCCAGGGCACCGACACCAUCCUGGCCGAUGAGAUGGGUCUGGGCAAGACAGUGCAGACCAUCGUCUUCCUCUACUCCCUGUACAAGGAGGGCCACUCCAAGGGGCCCUACCUGGUCAGUGCGCCCCUGUCCACCAUCAUCAACUGGGAACGUGAGUUUGAGAUGUGGGCGCCCGACUUCUACGUGGUCACCUACACGGGGGACAAGGAGAGCCGCUCUGUGAUCCGGGAGAACGAAUUUUCGUUUGAGGACAACGCCAUUCGGAGUGGGAAGAAGGUGUUCCGGAUGAAGAAAGAAGUGCAGAUCAAAUUCCACGUCCUGCUCACCUCCUACGAGCUCAUCACCAUUGACCAGGCCAUCCUGGGCUCCAUCGAGUGGGCCUGCCUUGUGGUGGAUGAGGCCCACCGGCUCAAGAACAACCAGUCCAAGUUCUUUAGGGUCUUGAACAGCUACAAGAUCGAUUACAAGCUGCUGCUGACGGGAACCCCCCUUCAGAACAACCUGGAGGAGCUCUUCCACCUCCUCAAUUUCCUGACUCCAGAGAGGUUCAACAACCUGGAGGGCUUCCUGGAGGAGUUUGCCGACAUCUCCAAGGAAGACCAGAUCAAGAAGCUGCAUGACCUUCUGGGGCCGCACAUGCUAAGGCGGCUCAAGGCUGAUGUAUUCAAGAACAUGCCGGCCAAGACCGAGCUGAUUGUCCGCGUGGAACUGAGCCAGAUGCAGAAGAAGUACUACAAGUUCAUCCUCACGCGGAACUUCGAGGCGCUGAACUCCAAGGGGGGUGGGAACCAGGUGUCACUGCUCAACAUCAUGAUGGACCUGAAGAAGUGUUGCAACCACCCUUACCUCUUCCCCGUGGCCGCUGUGGAGGCCCCUGUCCUGCCCAAUGGCUCCUAUGAUGGCAGCUCUCUGGUCAAGUCGUCAGGGAAGCUCAUGCUGCUGCAGAAGAUGCUCAAGAAACUGCGGGACGAAGGGCACCGUGUGCUUAUCUUCUCCCAGAUGACCAAGAUGCUGGACCUCCUGGAGGACUUCCUGGAGUAUGAGGGCUACAAAUAUGAGCGGAUUGAUGGUGGCAUCACCGGGGGCCUCCGGCAAGAGGCGAUUGACAGAUUCAACGCCCCUGGGGCCCAGCAGUUCUGCUUCCUCCUCUCGACCCGGGCAGGUGGCCUGGGCAUCAACCUGGCCACGGCGGACACGGUCAUCAUCUACGACUCAGACUGGAACCCGCACAAUGACAUCCAGGCCUUCAGCCGCGCCCACCGCAUCGGGCAGAACAAGAAGGUGAUGAUCUACCGCUUCGUGACGCGGGCCUCGGUGGAGGAGCGCAUCACGCAGGUGGCCAAGCGCAAGAUGAUGCUCACGCACCUGGUGGUGCGGCCGGGCCUGGGCUCCAAGUCCGGCUCCAUGACCAAGCAGGAGCUGGACGACAUCCUCAAGUUCGGCACGGAGGAGCUCUUCAAGGACGACGUGGAGGGCAUGAUGUCUCAGGGCCAGAGGCCCGCCACGCCCAUCCCUGAUGUCCAGUCCUCCAAAGGGGGAGCCCUGGCCGCCAGCGCGAAGAAAAAGCACGGCAGCACCCCGCCAGGCGACAACAAGGACGUGGAGGACAGCAGUGUGAUCCACUACGAUGAUGCGGCCAUCUCCAAGCUGCUGGACCGCAACCAGGACGCCACGGACGACACGGAGCUGCAGAACAUGAAUGAAUACCUGAGCUCCUUCAAGGUGGCGCAGUACGUGGUGCGCGAGGAGGACGGCGUGGAGGAGGUGGAGCGGGAGAUCAUCAAGCAGGAGGAGAACGUGGACCCCGACUACUGGGAGAAGCUGCUCCGGCACCACUAUGAGCAGCAGCAGGAGGACCUGGCCCGCAACCUGGGCAAGGGCAAGCGCAUCCGCAAGCAGGUCAACUACAACGACGCCUCCCAGGAGGACCAGGAGUGGCAGGACGAGCUCUCAGACAACCAGUCCGAAUAUUCCAUUGGAUCCGAGGACGAGGACGAGGACUUUGAAGAAAGGCCGGAAGGGCAGAGUGGACGGCGACAAUCCAGGAGGCAGCUGAAGAGCGACAGGGACAAGCCCCUGCCCCCGCUUCUCGCCCGGGUCGGCGGCAACAUUGAGGUGCUGGGCUUCAACGCCCGACAGCGGAAGGCCUUUCUGAACGCCAUCAUGCGCUGGGGCAUGCCCCCCCAGGAUGCCUUCAACUCCCACUGGCUGGUGCGGGACCUUCGCGGGAAGAGUGAGAAGGAGUUUAGAGCCUAUGUGUCCCUCUUCAUGCGGCACCUGUGUGAGCCGGGGGCUGACGGCGCGGAGACCUUCGCAGACGGCGUGCCCCGCGAGGGCCUCUCCAGGCAGCACGUGCUCACGCGCAUCGGGGUCAUGUCACUAGUUAGGAAGAAGGUUCAGGAGUUUGAGCACGUCAAUGGGAAGUACAGCACCCCGGAUUUGAUCCCUGAGGGGCCCGAGGGCAAGAAGCCAGGCGAGGUCAUCUCCUCGGAUCCCAACACACCAGUGCCCGCCAGCCCUGCCCACCUUCUGUCUGCCCCGCUGGGCCUGCCAGACAAAAUGGAAGCCCAACUGGGCUACUUGGAAGAGAAGGAGCUGGGGGUGCAGAAGCCAAAGAAGCCCCCAGAAAUCCAGGCCCUGCCAGCUGCCCUGGACAGAGCGGAGGGUGAGGACAAGCACGAGAACUCGGAGGGCAAGGAGAGGGCCCGAGAGGAGCGACUGGAGGAGACGGAGAAGGCCCAGCCCUCCCCCGAGCAGCUGCCGAAAGAAGAAGUGCUUGCUGAGAAGGAGAAGAUUCUGGACAAGUUGGAGCUGAGCUUGAUUCACAGCAGAGGCGAUGGCAGUGAUUUCAGGCCAGAUGACACCAAAGCCGAGGAGAAGGAGCCCAUUGAAACACAGCAAAAUGGUGACAAAGAGGAAGAUGAGGAGGGGAAGAGGGAGGACAAGAUCGGGAAGUUCAAGUUCAUGUUCAACAUUGCAGAUGGGGGCUUCACAGAGCUACACACACUGUGGCAGAACGAGGAACGUGCUGCUGUGUCCUCGGGGAAAAUCUACGACAUCUGGCACCGGCGCCAUGACUACUGGCUGCUGGCGGGCAUCGUGACGCACGGCUAUGCCCGUUGGCAGGACAUCCAGAACGACCCGAGAUACAUGAUCCUCAAUGAGCCCUUCAAGUCCGAGAUCCACAAGGGCAACUACCUGGAGAUGAAGAACAAGUUCCUGGCCCGCAGGUUCAAGCUGCUGGAGCAGGCGCUGGUCAUCGAGGAGCAACUCCGGAGGGCCGCGUACCUCAACAUGACCCAGGACCCCAACCACCCCGCCAUGGCCCUCAAUGCCCGCCUGGCCGAGGUGGAGUGCCUUGCCGAGAGCCACCAGCACCUCUCCAAGGAGUCCCUCGCCGGGAACAAGCCUGCCAAUGCUGUCCUGCACAAGGUCCUGAACCAGCUGGAGGAGCUGCUGAGCGACAUGAAGGCGGAUGUGACGCGCCUGCCCUCCAUGCUGUCCCGCAUCCCCCCGGUGGCCGCCCGUCUCCAGAUGUCAGAGCGCAGCAUCCUGAGCCGCCUGACCAACCGAGCCGGGGACCCCACCAUCCAGCAGAUAUCUAGCCGUCCCCGAGAUUUCCCUCUGCUGCCGGGCUCGUUUCCAGUGGAGCCGCGCCUGCCGGGCCCCCUGCCCGACCCCCGCAGGAGAGAAAAGCUGCCGCCUUUCUAGAGCCACGCCACCCGAGGACAGAAAGGGAAAGCGAGAAAUGCCACCUCAUGGGGACAAGGCCACCUGAGCCCAGAAGUGCCACCUGCUCCUAACCCAAGUGCUCCCCACACCACCCGGGACGCACCCCUCGGCCACCUCUGCCAGGACGACUUCCUAGAAGAGAUUUCAUUUCUUUGUACAUCUUUUGCACUUUCCUGUUGAAGACUUGAACAAGUUUGUCUUGAUAAACGUCGAGUGACGCGUGGGGCAGUCUGACUUGCAGCACGUACGUCUCUCUGCCGACGGGUUCCGGACCUGAAGGGACGCUCCUGGGAGCCCAGGGGCCGCCCACGGACUCGGCCCGGCUGAGGAGGACGAGGUGCCCGCCCUGGGCGCCCUCAGUCUGCCCCCAUCCCCCCAUCCCGCCUGCACCGUGCUCCAGCCCCUUGCCCGUGAGGCCCCCCGGUGCCAGGUGGGUCAAGACUGGGCAACUGGCUGGCCUGAGGGUAGAGACCUGGCUGACGCCCAGGUCAGGCCAGGCCGCUUCCUGCAAGGCUGGAGACCACCAAGUAUGUGCUGUCUCCGUGGGACAGGUGUCUGUCCCUGGCCCAGCCUGUCUCUCAGGCCCUGGACUCGGUCGUCACCAGUGGAGGGUCUGUGGCCCCUGCCCUGCGUGGCAGGUCACUUGUUCCCCGGAGGGAAGGGGAGGGCAGGGCCUGCAGGUGUUGGCCUGGGGGCUGCCAGAGGCUUCCUCUCAGGCCUCCGUGGGAAGGGGCGUGCCCUCCCCCUGCCGGGGUGUGGCUAGCGUUCCAGUGGGGAGGGUCACAGCAGCGCUGAGGGGGGCCCAGGAGCCCCUGGUCCUGCCCUGUGCCCUGGGGGUGCCCAUCACCCCCACGUCCAGGUGCACACUCCCCGUGCGAUCUGGCCGCAGAUGUGGAGAAGCCAGGCCACACGCUGGAGCCCGGGCUUAUCCCUCCCUCUCAUCUUGUCCCCGGAGAGGCCUUGAUCUGGGCACUUGCCAUCUGGAGUGGGCCACGACUGCCCUCGCUGUGUUCUCGGAAGGCUUGGGGAAAGCUUGGAGGCAGGAGACUGGACCCAGUAGCCUCUGCAGUCUUCCCAGCUGGAGCAUCCCCAGCUUCCUGCCUUGUUUCCUGCCAGUAACGCCCCACUGGAAUCCUGAUCCUUCCUCGCCCAGCCGGUGGUGCGCUGUGAUGGCCCCAGUUUGGAGGAAGGGAGGAACGGGCCAGGGCCUGGGCCUGUCUGUGUCUCAUGUUCCCUGUGGCCCAGCCUGGAAGGGAAUUCCGAGCCUUGAGCAGGGAGGGGCCUUCCUGGCGUGGAGCCCUGGGUGCAGAAUCCUGUCUGAGAGACAAGCUGGGCCUGGGGGUGGAGGCACCAGGGGGGUUCUGUUCUGCUCCCUGGCCAGGACUGGGGCCAGGAUUUGGGGGUGUCUUGGGGACACAGGGCCAUUGGCCAGCUCUCCCUGAACCCCUAGAGGGCUGGACCCCCAAGGCCCCUGCCAUCUCCAGGCUGGCCAACCCUGGCACUGUGGGUGGGAGGAGUGGGGGGGGCGCACAGGUGUCCAGGACACACGUGACAGCCGCUGACCCCGCCUCCCGGAAGGGUGGGGUCAUUCCUGUCCCCUAUGGUUUGUCCAGUGCCAUGUACGUACAUUCGUGGUCCUCCGACCCGUGCCCCCCUGCAGAGGUUCCGGCUCAGGCCACGGGCAGCGUGACCGCCAGGAGCCCCCGACACGGUGCCCUGUGACUCUGCCCUCUCAAGCAGGCAGUCAGCCUGCCAGACUGGCUGGCCUGGUGGGGAACACAGUGGAUGGGUCCUGAAUGUCAGGUCAGGGGGCACGUGGUAGAGGACGGGGGUCUGUGUUGUCCCCGCUGCCUCACGCCAAGGGAAGGUGGUCCUUCCCCUGCCAGCCCUUGCUCCCCAGCCAGCUUCCCUCUGCCCUUCUGUUUCUGCUCCUUCCCAGGCCUCCGCCCUUUUCCUCUACCAGCCAGAGCCAGGCACCCACGGAUGGCCUGGCCCCCGGCACUGCCUGGUCCAGGAAGGGCUCAGCUCUCCAAGACCAGCACCUGGGAGGCCUGGGAGGGGGGCUGCGGACAGCUGGGGAGGGGGUUUCUGGCUGACUGGUUUUGGAGAAGAAAAAGGAUCUUAAGAAUGUUUUCUUCUUGGUUUAUCAAGUUAUCUCCUGCCGAAAGUUGUAGUGGUGGGGAGGGGGUGUUGGCCAUCUUCAGCAUCUUCAGGCUGGGUUUGGUUUAUCCCGCGGGCAGAAGGAGAGUCGUCACGUGCAAGCGGAAGCCGGAAGUGCCAGCCCGCAUUUUUGUUUCCAGCCACCUUAUUAUUUAGACCAGUGCCGAGUAGGCUUUCUGUUGAACCAUCUUGGGGCCACAGUCUCGGAAGGCGUAGCUGGCUGGGCUCCUGGGUGACCAGGGGAGUUUGGGCUGGACUGUGUCCGGGGGUCCCCUUGCACACGCCCACCACGGAAGCACAUCCUGAGACCCCCUGUGCAAGGAGGCCCUCCCUGCAAGCCGCCUUCAGAAGCUCCUUUGUUUUCUGCAAGUGAUGACCAUGGUACCACCAUGGUACCAUGGUCCUGUUCUGCUGGUACCACGACUCGUGCAGCCACCUGCCCUCCUGCUUGUUGGGCGUCCCUUCCCAGGGUCCUCUGGGGACUCCCUGGCCCAGGUCAGGGGCUGGCUGAGUCUUGCCCCAGGGACACCUGUAGCCCUUGCUGCCAGGCGUUGGGUCCCAGGGAUGCUGAGGGCCUGAGGGGAUCGUGUAGAGGGUAGGCUCGGGGACCUCCGGAGUGUGCCCAGAGUGGGGUGGCAGGAAGGAGCUUGUCUGGGAGGCGGGGGCUGAGGUCUUGGCCUGGCCACAGUCCAGGGUCCCCCCCUCCGUACCUGCAGCUGUCCUGUGCCGACCACUCUGUCUGUCGAGGAAGCUGGCUCCCGCCCCAUUUUAUAUUUCUGGAAGUUUACAGUCGUGGUGCAUCAGCCCAAAGUCAUUGGCUUGUGUUUGGGUAUUUCUUUCUUAGUUUUCAGAUUUUUUUUAAACAAAGUAUUUUUUUAGGUGCGAUAACCCAGAAAGGGCCCGUUGGGUGUGUGUGUGUCCUGAACCCCUGAUACUGAGCUGGGAGCCUGAGCCUCCCAUGGCUCCUCUGUGCCUGGGGUUGAGGGGAGGGGGGAGGGGCCAACCCCUGCCUGUGCAUUGGUGCGUGGGAGCAUGAGGGAGCAGAUGCCCGCACCCAGGCCGGCAUCUGGCCCAGCGGAGAGGGGCCGGCCCCUUGCCUGGUAGAGCCCCCAGCUGGCAAUGGGGCCGGGGCGCUGGGGCGAGUCGGGACGGUCCCAGCCGGGGAGCCGGGGCUGGAGGCUGAGCCCGUGUGUGUAGUCACCUGUCCGGUCCUCGGGAGGAUGUAUAGGAGGCUCGACAAAGACUGUAACCGACCCCGUUCCCUUUACUUUGUACUCUGUGU